GCUUUGGCGCCCUAUGCCGCAGACCCGACGGUGGUGCUGCGAACCGACUGGUUCAGUGGCUCGGGCUGGUUGGCCACACAUGAAGCGAUGCAGGAGAUGUUAUCCCAAUGGCAUUUGGGUAGUCCCUGGGACGCCAUGUUCCGCGACGAGCGCCUGAGGAGGAAACGCCAGUUUCUGACACCGGAGGUGUCACGUGACGAACUUGGAUCAGCUAACGAUGUGGAAAGCCGACAGUUUCCCUGGAAUGAUCUGCAGUACAAACAACGGGUUUUUAAUGACGAUCUUUGUUUACUGGAGGAGUGUCCCAUUGAAGUAUUGCUAAGUAUUGCUGGUGAAAAGAACCUCGCGGCGCCGCGUUCCGAGCAGUUGCUAGUUAGGAUGUUCCUCAUUUUGGUGGUCCAGGAUCCAGAUUUCUAA